ACACCUUGAAUUAAGUAUUUUUGAACGAGACAGCUACAAAACGAAGAUGGCCGCGCCCACUGCAGCAGCGGAAAUUGAACAACCACACGAAAAAGACAUUCCAUUUUUGAAGGCUAAACACAUUAAAUUUUUCUCCAGGUGUUUGCAUAUUCUACCGCAGAGUUACACCUCACUCGACACCAGCAGAUUAACGGUGUGUUUCUUUGGCCUAUCUGGCUUGGACGUGCUUGACUCGCUAGAUGCAAUCGAAAAGGACAAAGAAGACAUUAUUGAUUGGAUCUAUUCAUUGCAGGUUCUGCCAGAUCCAAAUCACUAUGAAGAAACAUCUAAACAUUGCGGUUUCAGGGGAUCAUCAACAAUUGGGACACCUUACAAUCCUUCCACGGAAUCCCCUACACAGAGUCAUCCUUAUGACUGGGGUCACAUCGCUAUGACCUACACUGGGCUGGCUUGUCUACUCAUUCUGGGCGAUGACCUGAGGCGGGUCAAUAAACCGGCCAUAGUGGCCGGACUGAAGGCCUUGCAGUUAGCAGACGGAAGUUUUGCAGCAACUCUUAAUGGAAGUGAGAAUGACAUGCGAUUUGUGUACUGUGCCUGCUGUAUCAGUUCUAUGCUACAAGACUGGAGUGGGAUUGAUGUGGAAAAAGCCGUGGAAUUUAUUUAUAAAAGUCUGAGCUACGACUGUGGACUAGGCCAAGGACCAGGCCAGGAAGGCCAUGGAGGUACAACAUUCUGUGCAAUUGCCUCUCUGGUCCUGAUGGGUAGACUAGAAUCCACCUUCAGUAAGAGACAACGAGAGAAAAUCAAGACCUGGUGCAUCAAGAGACAACAUUCUGGCUUCCAGGGCCGACCCAAUAAGCCUGUAGAUACAUGCUACUCAUUCUGGGUCGGCGCUACACUUAAGUUGUUGAACGGCUACGACUUUGUGGACUGUGCUUGUAACAGAUCCUACAUCCUAUCCACCCAAGAUGAGAUGGUGGGUGGCUUCGCUAAAUGGGCCGACUAUCACCCAGAUGCUCUCCACGCUUACUUUGGAAUCUGUGGCCUUUCCCUAAUGGGGGAACCCAAUUUAUUACCCAUCAACCCUUCCCUCAACAUCAGCCAAAGAGCUGCCGACCACCUGCAGAGAUUGCACGACAGCUGGAAGACAGAGGUCAUGUCGUGAUCAAAGGUCAUGCUUGCAGGUCAUCGCCCAAGGUCGUUAUUAAUUACCCAUCAACCCUUCCCUCAACAUCAGCCAAAGAGCUGCCGAUCACCUGCAGAGAUUGCACGACAGCUGGAAGACGGAGGUCAUGUCGUGAUCAAAGGUCAUGCUUGCAGGUCAUCACCCAAGGUCUUGAUAAGCCAUUUGCGAGUUAAAUUUGAAUAAAAUCUGGAACGCUGACUUAAUCCAAUGCUUUGCACGUAUUUACUUUGCAUCCUCCCGACCAAAGAGACUGUUACUAUAUCACGUGAUUCGGGGCAAUGCUUAUGCUAGCAAACCCCAGCUCCAGUAUGGUCUGGUGUCUUUGUGCCAUUCUCUCCCAUUGUGAACAAUGUAUUGGUACUGAGCGUCUCUUACGUAACUAUG